UGGGUCACACAAGGCCAAGGGUCAGUGGGUCAAACCGCACAUUGUCAUCAUGUCGUCAGGCGCGGACCAACAAUCUUCUGACGGGUAUUUCACACAUAAAGGGAUAUUAUUCAAUAGCAAAGUGAACGUAGAGUCGUUGAAAAAUAUCGAGAAUUUAGCUGUUAAAGAGGACGAUGUUUUUGUGGCCACGUAUCCAAGAUCAGGCACCACGUGGACAGAAGAGAUCUUGUGUCUUAUCUACAAUGGAGGAGAUGUGGAGAAAGUGAAGACCACUCCGAUCUACACCCGCAUCCCUUACCUGGAGUAUCAGUACUUUCCAGAGGGCCAGACAGAGUAUGACAGGUUCUUAGAGCUUCCCUCCCCACGUCUGGGGAAAACUCACCUCCCAUACAACAUGCUUCCCAGGCAGCUACAAGAAGGGAGGGGAAAGUUGAUCUGUGUGGCACGGAACCCCAAAGAUGUGGCAGUCUCCUACUUCUAUUUCCACGGGAUCAACCGAAGUUUCAGGACACCAGAUUCCUGGGACUCCUUCCUCUCUGACUUCAUGGCAGGAAAUGUUGUUGGUGGGUCUAUUUUCAACCAUGUCCUUGGAUACUGGGCUCAUCGAAGCAACCCUAGUUUACUUUUCAUCAAAUAUGAAGACAUGCAAAAGGACUUACAUGGAACUGUUAGGAAAUUAGCAGACUUUGUGGGACGGAAGUUGCCAUCCACAACGAUAGACAAGAUAGCGGAGCACUGCUCGUUUAGGUCCAUGAGCAAAAACCCCAUGACCAACUACUCCAAACAUCCGGAGCAACGCUGUCGCUUCGACACCACCAACUCAGAAUUCAUCAGGAAAGGAAUCGUGGGGGACUGGAAGAAUCACUUCACGGACAUCCAAAAUGAAGCUUUUAACAAGGUGUUAGAAGAGAAACUGUCUGGUACAGGUUUGGAAUAUGAUUUUGACAUCUAAUUCUCCAGAUGCUGUCGUCGCCAUGUUGGUGGGUUGAAUGAGAAUGGAUCCAAGAUGGCUGCCAGUCAUUCCAAACACACAAAUCAUUCUAAAAGGGAAUUUUCCAUAGUCUGAUAUUUUUAUGUAUGUAUGUAGAGGUAAAAUAUUCCAGUUGAGGUAGAGAGAAAUUAACAAUAUAAUGGGGUAGGGAAUUUCCUGAGUAGCUUUAGUAUCACAAGUAUGAGAUCUAAGUUGUGUAAAGGUCUGUUUGUAAGGUCUGUUUGUAAUUGAUGUGCAAUUCAGCCCAUGGCUGCCAUGUAUCUACAGAUAAACUAUGCAACCAUUGAUUUUUUCAUAACCCUAGCUUUUCCCAUUCAGUUAGUGAUCAGUGAGGUAAGCUUGUCAGCUUCUCAUCAAUUGGGGAGGAGAAUUGCUAUUCCAGCCAUACUCAUGUUACCUCACAGUAGCCUUGAAGGCCUUCGGGUAUUGUUUUGUCCUCAUCAGUGAGUCAUGUGAAAACAAAUAGUUUUCAGCUCAUGACUCUCACAUAUCUCUAAGCUUUGGCCAAUGAAACUCCUCUGCCGGCUAAACGCCUUCCCAAGCUUCUGAUACUAUCUUAUGCCGCCGCAAGAUCUGCUUGGAGAUUAUCUCUAGUCCAAAAAGAUGGCGUAUGCCAAAUUGCGUUACUAAUUUCAAC